UCCCGAAUUCGCUGACUGACGUGUUGACGCUUUCGAAGCGAAUCAGAAGAGACUGUGGCACAUUACUGCGUAUCUUCCAACAGAGUUGACACUAAAUUCUUGGUGACCUGAGAGAUUUCAUUUAGGAGAGAGAAAAAUCAUGUAUUCUUUUACACAGACCCAAAGAAGAGGAUGUUCGGAAAUCCUAGAAUCAUUAAGUUGCGAAAAUUUGCUUGCACUGAAGGACAUUGUAGUCAGUGGAGGGUUGACUACAGAUGACCUCAUUCGUAUCAUUCUGAACCACAGCCAAAGUGCAGAAGAGCUCCUGAAACGCAGGAAGGUUCGACGCAAGGAUAUAUUGAAGUACCUGAUUAAACAAGGUUUCGAGCUUCCUCCAUCGUCAGACAAAGAGGAACUUAUUACUGAAGCUUUGGGGUAUUGGAGUAGAUCAGAACUGAAUAGCGAGCCAUCAACAGCUGAAGCAGAUCUGCAAUUUCUGCACCAAACACAGAAUAUUUCACAGGCCCAAAGAAGAGGAUGUUCUGAAAUCCUAAAAUCAUUAAGCUGUUCUAAUUUGCUUGGACUGAAGGACAGUAUAGUCCGUGGAGGGUUAACUACAGCAGACCUCAUCGGUGUCAUUCUGAACCACAGCCAAAGUGCAGAAGAGCUCCUGAAACGCAGGAAGGUUCGACACGAGGACAUAUUGAAAUACCUAAUUAAACAUGGUGUCAUGCCUGCUCCAUCGUUGGAGAAACAUCAACUCAUUACUGAAGCUUUGGUGUAUUGGAAUAGAUCAGGACUGAAGAGAAAGCCAUCAACAACUGAAGCAGAUCUGGAAUCUCUGUACCAAACAGUGAAGGUAGAACUGGAGAUAGUAAAGAGAGAAGAGGAGCAAUUGCGAUGGAAAGAGCAAGCGCUGAAUUCACUACAGGGUGCAACGGCCAUGGACUUGAACAUAAAUAUGAAUAAUUCACAGAAGUAGCGAGUGGUUGUUGGAGUCUCAGAAAGUGAACAAGUAGGCAAGGAGUCUGCGAAUGGUUCUUCCAGCUUCUGAACUCUCCGAAUUCUUCCUUUGGACAACAGGCAAAAGAGUGAGGCCUACAGCACUUUUGGGACAAUGCAAUCCUUCACUUUACCUAUCGUGUUUUAGAACAGCGCUUUGGGCUCAUCCACACACCAAUCUGAGUAAACACCUGGAAAAUCAGGGUAUAUUAACCAGAUAAAAGCUUUUUUAUGAUCAGUUUGUAAUUAUGCAACCUAAUGUAUCUGUUCAGAUGACAGAACUACAAACCUGUAACAAUGAAUUAAGUGCACUUCUGAAGUAAUUUGUUUUGGAAAUCAUUUUCAGCUUUAUAGCCUGAAAGAAUUUGAAAUUUGUGUGGAUUUAUGUAAUGGGUGGACAUUUUCCUGCAUAGAUGACACUGGAUAAUAAAAUUAAAAAUGACCUUCCUUCUUCUCGAUUUGAAAUUAUUUUCACAUAUGGAAGUUUUAGCAACUAUUGCAAUCUUAGGAACCUAUCUUCUACUUUUAAAAAACAGUACUGUGCAAAAGCCUUAGACACAUAAUGAAGUUAGGACUGAUCAGACACCUCCCUGAUGGUAUUGCAUGAUGGAUCAGAAUCUGUUUGUACUUCUCAGCACUGAGGAUUCCAUUAAUUCUGACCAGAUCACCAACUCCAUUUGCAGAAAUGCAGCCCCACGAUGCAGGGAACCUCUGACAUGCUUUCCUGUUGGUAGCAGACACUCAUCCGUAUAUCACUCUCCAGCUUUUCCAUGAACAAACUGCCUCUUGUUUGAGGCAGAAAUUUCAAAUUUUGUCUUGUCAGUCCGGAGUAGUUGCUGCCAUUGUACAGCACAGCCGUCCUGUGUUUUUGUGCUCUUGGCUUUGUUUCCACUUCGAAGGAAUGACUUCUUGGCAGCAACUCUCCCUUGAACAUUUCUGAAAUGACCUCUCCAGACUAUUGAGGGGUGUGCUUGGGUUCCAGUAGUUUCUGUGU